UUGCUCGGACAGCGGGGGGACCUUUUUCAGUGUAGCACAAUGGAUCCACUUCCGUUUUGCUAGUUUCAGUGCAAUACGGUGUCCGGGUUCCUGGGCAGCAUGGCACUGCAGGGUGGUGGUGAUGAUGAUGACUCCUGGUCUCCUCCAUCUGAAUCAGACUUGAAAAUUCUGAGAGCAAGGCGGGAGCGUCAGGACCGCAUCAGCCGCUUAAUGGGAGAUUACCUACUUAAGGGAUAUAAGAUGCUUGGGGACAGCUGUGAUACUUGUGGGACUAUAUUAUUGCAAGACAGACAGAAAAAAUUGUUGUGUGUUUCUUGCCAAGAACUUGACUCUGACACAGAAAAAGAUAAUCCAGUUCUCAACCCCCAGGCAGCUUUGUCUCAGGUGAGAGAGCAUCAGCUGUCUCUUCAUCCCUGCCAGGUCAACACUCCUGCUGUGGAUUCCCAGGCAGCUUCCAUCACAAGGCCAACUCUCAACAAUAUUUCCUCCAUCUCUGAUUCCAACCCAGUAGCCUCUGAUACCAUUCAGUUUUCUGAGUCUGCUCUCCUGGAAAAGAUGAGAUGGGCAUCUCUUCAGUUACAAGAGACUCCCUCUGUGGAAUACAGUGCUCAGCUGAGUGCCCUCAUUGGCACAUGUGCACAAAGCCUGCGCUCUCUCAGAGACCUACACCAUUGAACAGUGGCAAAAUAUUUAUGCUCUACCAUUAGCUUUAUUUGAUUGGAGUGUCAUGAGUGUUAUAAUGUUGUUACUUAAGUAGACAGAAGUAUAAAACAUAUUCUACCUGAGCCGUUUAAUAUCUUAGUUUAGUUGGUGUCUUCAUGAUUGAUUCUGUGUUUAUUUAACACUUUGUAAUUGUCAUCAUUCAUUAAUCCCUACAUGGAAAGGGAGCGGUUAGAGGGAUUGAAUAUAAAGGUGAAUUUUAAAUAACAACUGUACGGCUUAUAAAAAAAAAUAUAUAAUGUAAAUUGUAGCAAAUUAUACAGUUUAAAAUGUUAUCUGUAGAUGCUGAAUCAACUUGUAUGAAUGUGCUAAACAUAUAACUCAAGCUAGUUAAUUGUCAAGUUCCUCUUCUAGUGAACCCUAAAUGCAAAUUAACAAAUAGAAAACUCUUACUUGGCUUAAAAAAUAUUGAUCAUAAAUAAGAAAUAGAAA